CCUUCUGCUGUCUGCUAUGGCGACUGCUGGUCUAAGAAAGGAGCUUGAAUGUUCCAUCUGUCUGAACCUUUAUACAAAUCCUGUAACCCUGAGAUGUGGACACAACUUCUGCCAGGUCUGUAUAGAUCAGGUCCUAAAUACACAGGAGGAGCCUGGGGUUUAUUUCUGUCCUGAAUGCAGAGCAGAGUUUCCGGAGCGGCCUGCACUGCAGAGGAACAUAACUUUAUGUAACAUAGUAGAGAAUUUCCUGUCUACUCAGCCGCAUCAGGAGGAGGUCACCGGGAUCUGCUGUACUUACUGUAUUCACUCUCCUGUACCUGCUAUUAAGUCCUGUCUGAUGUGUGAGGCUUCUCUGUGUGAUAAUCACCUGAGAGUUCACAGCAAGUCAGCAGAACACGUCCUAACUGAGCCCAGCACUUCUCUGGAGAGCAGGAAAUGUUCUGUCCAUAAGAAGAUCCUGGAAUAUUACUGCACUGAAGAUGCGGCUUGUAUCUGUGUGUCUUGCAGUUUGGCUGGAGAACACCGGGGACACCGGGUGGAGAUGCUGGGUGAGGCCUCUCAGAAGAAGAAGGAGAAACUGAGAAAUGUUCUACAGAUACUCAUCACAGACAGAAUGAAAACUGAUGAAAGAGUUAAAAGUCUGGAGGAGCACUGGGGAAAUGCCCUAGCAAAAGCAGCUGGAGAAGAAAAAAGAGUCAUAGCCCUGUUUAAAGGUAUCAGGGGACAGCUGGAUGACCUGGAGAAGAAGGUCCUGAGUGACAUUUCCAGGCAGGAAGAACAGGUCUCACUGUCACUGUCUGAUAUGAUCGAGAAGCUGGGAAUUAAGAAGGACAAGCUGUCCAGGAAGAUGAAACACAUUGAGGAGCAGUGUAACAUGACUGAUCCACUGACUGUCUUACAGGAACCAGAUGCAGGUGACUUGUGUGAUCCUGAUGAGAACAUAGGGGGAAAUAAGACACAUGAUGUAGAUGUGGCUGUAAUUACAGAUAUUUUACAUGCAGGGAUAUCUGAUAUAAUCACAUAUCUGCAGACCAUCUCACCUAAAAAUCCAAAAGAAAUGAGUCCACAACCCCACAUGUUCCAAUUUCUGACCAAACAUGCAGAAACUGCAGCUCCAAAGCCGAUUCAGCAAGUAAUGCUCCAAAAGCCUUACCCUUUAAACCAAGCUGUUCGCAGACACCCUUUACAAAGCAAUAACUCCCCCUUCAAGUAUUUGCACGGAGCAUUAGUAGUGUGUUGUGACCUGCCUUGUAUCCGGAAGGUGAUGGAGAAGACUGUUGAGCUCUUUCUGAUAAACGAAGAUCACUCCCACUGGGUGUUCACUGGAGAAUGUUACUUUCAUUUCUUCCUUCUGCUGUCAGCUAUGGCGACUGCUGGUCUAAGAAAGGAGCUUGAAUGUUCCAUCUUUCUGUACACUUUUACUGAUCCUGUAACCCUGAGAUGUGGACACAACUUCUGCCGGGUCUGUAUAGAUCAGGUCCUGAAUACACAGGAGGAGUCAGGGGUUUAUUCCUGUCCUGAAUGUAGAGAAGAGUUUCAGGAGCGGCCUGCACUGCAGAGGAACAUAAAUCUACAUAAUGUAGCAGAACGUUUCCUGUCUACUCAAUCACAUCAGAAGGAGGUCACUGGGAUCUGCUGCACUUACUGUAUUCACUCUCCUGUACCUGCUAUUAAGUCCUGUCUGAUGUGUGAGGCUUCUCUGUGUGAUAAUCACCUGAGAGUUCACAGCAAGUCAGCAGAACAUGUCCUAACUGAGCCCAGCACUUCUCUGGAGAGCAGGAAAUGUUCUGUCCAUAAGAAGAUCCUGGAAUAUUACUGCACUGAGGACUUGGCUUGUAUCUGUGUGUCUUGCAGUUUGGCUGGAGAACACCGGGGACACCGGGUGGAGAUGCUGGAUGAGGCAUCUGAGAAGAAGAAGGAGAAACUGAGAAAUGUUCUACAGAAACUCAUCACAGACAGAAUGGAAACUGAUCAAAGAGUUAAAAGUCUGGAGGAGCACAGGGGAAAAGCCCUAGCAAAAGCAUCUGGAGAAGAAAAAAGAGUCAUAGCCCUGUUUAAAGGUAUCAGGGGACAGUUGGAUGACCUGGAGAAGAAGGUCCUGAGUGACAUUUCCAGGCAGGAAGAACAGGUCUCACUGUCACUGUCUCAUAUGAUCGAGAAGCUGGGAAUAAAGAAGGACGAGCUGUCCAGGAAGAUGAGACACAUUGAGGAGCAGUGUAACAUGACUGAUCCACUGACUGUCUUACAGGAACCAAACACAGGUGACUUGUGUGAUCCUGAUGAGAACAUAGGGGGAAAUAAGACACAUGAUGUAGAUGUGGCUGUAAUUACAGAUAUUUUACAUGCAGGGAUAUCUGAUAUAAUCACAUAUCUGCAGACCAUCUCACCUAAAAAUCUAAAAGAAAUGCCCAGUCAUGCAGAAACGGCAGCUCUUAAGCCGCGUCAGCGAGUAGUGCUGAGAAAGAUUUACUCUUUCAACACAGCUGUUCGCAGACGGCGUUUUAAAAACGGUAGGUCCUCCUUCAUGUGACCCCACACCACUGUGUCCGUUGUUCCUUUUUCCAUGAUUUUCUGCGGACCCAUUGACUUUCAAGGGGUCCGUGUAAAAUUCGGCUAAUGAACUGUUUGUCAUCCGCGUCCGUGAUCCGUGUUUCAAGUCCGUAAAAAAAAAAUAUGACCUUUUUCACGGACAACGGUUCGCGGACCCAUUCAAGUCAAUUGUUCAGUGUAAAAACACGGA